GUUUCCGGUCACCGGUGGAAUUUACUCCGUAUUUCAGGGACCCAGAACGACGUCAAAGAUCAAUAUUUUUGCGUCUCGUUUCCUUGACAGCGACGCAGAUACUGCCGCGUAGAUCAUCCGUCUUUCAAAACAUGUCCGGUAUUAGCAGAGGGAUGCCGAGAAAGGAUAAGCCUAGAGGGCGUCAUCAUGGGUUAACACAGCAGAAAAGGCAAGAGAUCAAAGAAGCAUUCGAGCUCUUUGAUACCGAUGGCUCUGGUACAAUUGAUGCCAAAGAGCUGAAUGUUGCAAUGAGGGCCCUUGGAUUCGAGAUGACAGAAGAGCAAAUAGAGCAAAUGAUUGCUGAUGUGGACAAGGAUGGCAGUGGGGCAAUUGAUUUUGAUGAAUUUGUGUACAUGAUGACUGCAAAGAUUGGCGAAAGGGAUACUAAGGAGGAACUCAUGAAAGCCUUUGAUAUUAUUGACCAAGAUAACAAUGGAAAAAUAUCCGCUGCUGACAUUCAGCACAUUGCCAAGCAGUUGGGUGAAAAUUUCACAGCAAGAGAGAUACAAGAGAUGGUUGAGGAAGCUGAUCGUGAUCGUGAUGGUGAAGUAAAUUUCGAGGAGUUUAUGAGGAUGAUGAGGAGAACUAGCUAUAGAAACUAGGAUUAAAAUUAAAACUACGAACAGAGUUCCAUAGUUCUGAGAUUUUUAUAAUUUUAUUACUUCACAGUUUAAAAUAUCUUUCCUUCAAUCAUGGCAUGUUUUAUUCAAAUAAAUUUGUUUCUCUUCGAGUA